UUUUUAUUGUGGAUAAUUUAAGAUUUUUAUUAUGUAAGUGUAUUACAGACAUUUAUAGUCCAUAGAAAUUCAUAUCUUAAUGAAGAAAUUGAGGAGGAAUCAGAUGUAAUUCAAUCAGUCGUUGGAUUCUAGUAGGUGUUCAAUCGACAGAAAGGGAAUAAAAAGCUGAAAGCUAUGAACUUUUCUCAAAAGCCGUAGCAGAACAAGAAGUGAAGGAGAAGCAUUAUGAGAAGUGGAGUGCUUCGUCUAGAAAAUCAACAGCCCUCAUUUCCAUCAUCUUUGCUCUUCUAUCUAUACCUUGGACACUUCCUUUCCAGAUGGACUUCCAGAAUGUGGGAGUUCUCUGUGGGUUUGUAUAUGAUCCAUCUUUGGCCCAAUUCUUUACUUCUUGCUGCUGUUUAUGGUGUUGUGGAGACAGCUUCCACGGCAUUGCUCGGACCAGUUGUUGGACAAUUGGUGGAUAGUUUGUCAUACACUAAGGUUCUCAAAUUAUGGUUAAUAAGUAAAAGCAUUGCAUUUACUGUUGCUGGGAGUGCAAUGGUUGCUCUUUUGGCUCACUCAAUCAACUCUAUGGCAUUUUUGUUACUUGUUAUAUUGAUCAACAUCUCUGGAGCUGUUGCUAUGCUUUCCACUAUGGCAGGGACCAUAUUGAUUGAAAGAGAAUGGUUAAUCACUCGGCUAAUAGCAAUCUCUUUGUUGGCAUUGCUCCAGAUAACAAUCUAUACAAUAAUAUCCUUUCUAAGAUACAUUUUCUACUCUUGACUUUUCACGGACAUUUUCUCUUCGUUUAAAAAUUAUCAUGUGAUCUGAACUUCUUAAGUUCUGAUUGGUGUGGUUUGAAUAUAUCUGGUCUGGAUUUGGUCUAAAUCUUUAUGGUCUUUGUCUUUUCAGAUAUAGAGUAUUUCUGGUCUGAUCUUAUUAAAAUAAGAAUAUGGUGGUGGUGAUAUCAGAAGGCCAUCCUCCUGAAAUGCUGACGAACAUGAACUCAACAAUACGACGAAUCGAUUUAAUUUGCAAGUUAUUUGCUCCUGUCAUUUCAGGAUCCAUCAUAAGCUUCAUCUCUCUAACUGCAUCAGCUAUGGUUCUCGCAUUAUGGAACUUAGUAUCGGUUUGCCUAGAAUACUGCCUCCUAACAUCCGUAUACAAUGGGAUUCCAGUAUUAAAAGAAAGCAGCCAGAGAAGAGUCUUAAGAUCUUUACCAAACAAUGUUGAACUUAAAUCUUCUGCUUAUCAUGAACAUGAAGGUUUGCUUAAUGUAGAAAGAAAUGCACAGCAGACAUCUAAAAGCAGCUGGUGGAUAAAAAUGAUUGAUCAAGUUUCAACAAUCCCUUAUAUCAAUGCUUGGAGAGUCUACUUGCAGCAAGAUGUACUUCUCCCAGGGUUAGCCCUAGCGCUUCUCUAUUUCACGGUACUCAGCUUUGGAACUUUAAUGACUGCUACACUUGAAUGGGAAGGCAUUCCUGCAUAUAUUAUUGGAAUUGCACGUGGUGUAACUGCAGCAAUAGGGAUUGCUGCUACGUUUUUGUACCCUUUCUUGCAAUCUCAGAUUUCAACCAUUCGAACAGGGUUAUGGUCAAUAUGGUCUCAGUGGAGCUGCCUCUUUGUAUGUGUAGCUUCCAUAUGGGUAAAUAAGAAACUCUUAUCGGCAUAUAUGCUUAUGACCGGAGUGGCUGUGUCACGCCUAGGGCUUUGGAUGUUUGAUUUGUCAGUCAUUCAACAAAUGCAGGAUCACGUUGCGGAAAAUGAUCGUUUUGUGGUUGGAGGGGUUCAAAACUCACUGCAAUCCCUAUUUGAUUUGAUGACUUAUCUAGUGAGCAUUGUUGUAUCAGAUCCUCAGGAUUUCUGGGAGUUGAUAUUGGUAUCCUUCAUGUUGGUGACUCUGGCAGCCGUUUUGUACAGCACACACAUUUACCGCAUUAGGAAGCACCUUUUCCAUUUUGAGAAACUACCGUUUUGUGGUCGCCAUUUCUAUUAUUACAUCAGUUUGGCCGAUGCUAACCAGUUGUGCAGUGUCUGAGUGAUAUUCGAAUCAUUGGUUCGUGUCACGCGGUCACAUAUUAAUACGUAGUAUAUGAUAUAUCGAGGGCCAAACUCAACCCACUGGUGCAACACUCAUUGGCACCAAUGAAGUGGUAACGUCGAUGAUGCCUACUACGGAGUAUAUUGUGCUCCGUAGUAUCUUGAGUGUAGUUCAGUGAUCCUUUUUACUCUUCUAAACAAUCAGUUCAAGUAACAUUGGUCUUUGACUCUUUGAGCUUUACAAAAUGUACCACUAUUUGAUGAACAAUGCGUUAUAUGGAAACGGAAGUGAGUUAACUUUUGCCAGGAAUGACUAAUUGUUUGUGUAA